AUGCAACUCUUCGACACUCACGCCCAUCUCGGCCUUAUCCACGACGACCCGAUCGAGCAGUUGCUGGCGGUGCAGGAAGCCAAACAUGCCGGCGUGCAUGCAUUCGUCUGCAUCUCGAACAACCUGAUCGACUUCGCCGACACCUACGAGCAGCUCAGCCAGGAGCCCUCAAUCUAUUACAGCGCAGGGAUAUCUCCGUCAGAGGUGGACCGGCUGCCGAACGGCUGGGAGGCACGGCUGGAGGAGCUCGCCGGCCGCGAGCGGGUGGUGGCCAUCGGCGAGACCGGCCUGGACUACUACCGCAAGUACGGCGACCGGGAUUUACAGAUCAACCUGUUCGUCCGCCAGCUCGAGAUCGCCGAGCGGGUCGGGUUGCCAGUGGUGAUCCACAACCGCGACGCCGGUUCUGAUCUGCUGGCGGUGCUGCGUGACAAGCUGCCGACGCGUGGCGGCGUCCUCCACUGCUAUUCGGAAGGCCUCGAUUUCGCGAAGCGCGCGCUGGAGCUCAACCUGUUCAUCUCCUUCGCCGGGAACGUCACCUAUCGAAGCGCCCGCAUCCUGCAGGAAGUGGCGGCUGCCAUCCCGCUGGAACGGCUGCUCAUUGAAACCGAGACGCCGUUCAUGGUGCCCGCCUCCCGGCGUGGCGAACGCAAUCGGCCCGCGUACCUGGAAGAGACCGCCCGUUUCGUCGCCGACCUCCGGGAUCUGCCGGCGGACCAGUUCGCGGACGCGGUGUUCGCCAACAGCCAACGCUUCUUCCAGGUGAACGACGGCCGAGGCCACGCGCCGCCGUGA